AUGUUGGAUCGAGGUGAAGGAAGUGUCCAAUCAUCAGAAAGCGAAUCAGAGAGUAUGGAGGUUCCCCGAGAAGGGACUCCCGUAUCAGUGGGGAGCAAUGAAGUGAAGAUUGUGGCUCUCGGCGAAGGCAACGACAAAGCUCCAGAUGAUAAAUCUCUAGAAAGUGAAAAGGAGAAAUCAAAUCCGAGGGCCUCAGUGCUGGAGUACAAGAGCGUCAGCCAGAUCUGGGACAAAGAUACCUAUGGUCGCAAGCUUGUCGACUCUCUGGAGGAUUCUUCCAAGAAAACGGACAAGUAUGAGGAGUUCAUCUUCGUCGUCCGACGACAAUAUGAUGACCACAACAUGCAUUUCAAAAUAUUCAUAGACAUUAAAUCGGAACUUCUGAGAGACGUCUUGCGGCAAGUCUUGCAAGUGAUUCCUACAGUCUCCCUGCAUGGAGACAAGCCAGAGAUACGGAUAGAGAUCCUCUUCCACUUCUUGUCCCAAAUCGAAUCCAGGCGAGACAUUACUAAACUCGAUUCCGACAAAGAGACGCAGCACCUCGAUCUACUCAUUCGCUUCCUUCAGGAGCACUACGCAUCCAUCAUAAAGACUCUACCCGAACUUCUCGGACGUGGCGAAAUGACCUUCGACCUUCUCUGGACUCUCUUUCCCCCAAAUACCGUGGUGUAUACCUCCUGCGUCUACUCCGAAGAGCCGAAAUGCCUUAUUUUUGACUUUGGAGAGGAGAAACUCCUCAAAAAAGGCAAAUUUUACGUUCUCCAAUGUCGUUAUCUUGACUUCAAUGGUAAACUCCUUGGUGAAGUCAUGAGCAACCUUUUGAUUCCGGAAUUCCGCGGGGCGAAACCAAUUACGUCUCUGGAAGCAUUUCCACUGAAGUACCACCAGGAGGUGGCCAAGGUCAAAUCAGAGCUGAUAGAACGAGGUCGUCGUUUUGCAUCAUUGAAGGGUAUCCAUCACACUGCUUACCAAGGCCUUGCGCACCAAAAGCGAAAAGGCGAACCGUUCAAGUUCUCUGUGAAAGGCCGGAUAAUGGUGGAUCCGAUCGCUUUCAAAGAGCACAAUCCCAAUUACGAAAGACCACGAGUCGAUGGGUUGUCGGGUCGUGAUAUUCUAGGUAUACGCAUCGACGUUCUCAAUGAACUCCUCGUCGAAGGGCUUGGCCUUACAGAUGAGAUCAAACACCACGGCGUAAAGGACAAAAUGGGCGAGAUGAGAGACGAAGAAUUCUUGGUUUGUGGGCCUACUGUCUUGGGAUUCAGUCUCGAUAGACGAGCAUGGGCGGAGUUCGCUGUUUCCGCAAUACAAGAUAUCACAUGGACCACCCUACCAUUUGAUACGCUUGUCAUUCCAACCAAGACAAAGGAAAUGUUGCAAGCACUCGUGCAUAACCAAAUACCUGACCCAGACAAGCCUGCUUUUGACGACUUCAUAGAGGGAAAAGGCAAAGGAUUGAUUGUGCUACUACAUGGUCCACCGGGAGUGGGAAAAACUCUGACCGCCGAGGCCGUUUCGGAAUAUCAGAAACGACCGCUAUAUCGAGUAUGUGCCGGAGACCUAGGUCUCGACUCGGAAAAGCUCGAGGACCGGCUCGCGAUGAUCCUCGACCUCGUCGCCCGCUGGAAGGCCAUCUUACUCCUCGACGAGGCAGACGUCUUCCUCGAAGCUCGUACCCAACACCACCUCCAGCACAACACCCUCGUCUCCGUCUUCCUGCGGCAGUUGGAGUAUUUUCAAGGCGUAAUGAUCUUGACCACGAACAGAGUGACCGUCUUCGAUGAGGCGGUCCAGAGUCGCAUACACCUCGGUAUCAAGUACGAUCAGUUGAGCAAGAAGGCCAAGGCGGAGAUCUGGUCUGCCUUUAUUCAGCAGGCAAAUAAAGUCUCAACGACCGGAGAAGGGGCCAAGCUCUCUUCGAAGCAAUUGGACGAUCUUAGCAGGAGGGAGUUCAAUGGACGACAGAUCAAGAACACAGUCCGUAUGGCUCACGCUUUUGCGACAGCGAAGGGCAUACCACUUGGGUACGACCACCUCAUGGCUGCCAUUGAAGCGAACGAAGACUUCGACAAUGAUUUCCGAGGAGCAGGGCAGGCUGCGAGCGCGGCGUCAUAUCUUUAG